AUGGCUCUAUUUAAAUUGGAGAGUUUAGCUGAUAUGUAUUGUAUGCAGAUGAUUAUGAGCAAGAUGCAAGGACACAAAAAGCCUGGGAUGCAGAAAGACCAGGACACACAAAUCUGGAGAGGUCCUUGGUCAUCAGCUGGUCCAUCAUGGGCUUUGUAUAACGGUGGUGCAGGGCCGCAGGCCAAAAUUGAGCAUGUUAAUGUUGGGAUUUACAUCCUUGGUCCUCAUGGUGCUGCCGCUGAAGUAGAUCAUAUGCAUUUUACUGAAGUGGGAGUACUGCCAGUUCUCCACUCAGCGUAA